GACAAAAUCAUAAAGAUCACCAUUGCUUCAAGCAGAAUUAUAAGAGCUGGAAGAAAAAUCGAAUCUACUGGUCUAAAAGAUGAAAUUUUCAGUGACUGCAUAUGCAUUUCUUGUCGUUUGGUAUAUCUGUACCACCAAGGCUCAUCCUAUUGAACAGGUAGAGGUUUCUCAGUCAGGUGAGUUCAAAGUCCAUAUUUUGGAGAGAGGCACCAAGUUUCAAGAGAAAAUCUACAUUGACGWGCAAAAUGACAUCGAGUAUUUCAAAGUACCACCACACAAUGGCAAUAUUGAGUCGGAUCAUCUGUACGACUUCAGAAUGAACAUCACAGUUAGCCGUGUGAAGAAAGAUGGUGUUUGUCAUGUCUCCCCACUGCCAGAUGACCUUCCAAGACCAGACUUACUAUCUCAAGGACUAAAAUCGUUUUCUAGCACGGGUCAAAAUGCGACGAUCAAAACGGUGUAUAUGCGUUGGACACGUGGUCCAGAGGUCGACAAAAMCRUUUUAAGAAAGGAAGUACGUGACUUUUGUGGUCAGUUCCCAGUCUACCAAUUGGUACCUUUUAAUCCUGACUUGGUGUCAGCAUUUAAUAGCGGUGAGUCUCUUCAAGUACGUUAG